AUGAACGCAUCAAUGGACAGGCUGGUUAACAGGAUUCAAGAGGCUUUCACGGCCGCUGUUCUUAGUAUGGCUCGUCGGCAUAUGGAUGAGGUGGUGCAUCAGGACAUCUCCGAGCAUGAUGAGGAUGAGUCAUUGGACGACGGACUUCAUCCCAUCGAGGUCACGGGUGCGAUAGACGAAACGCUUCGACAGCAGCGGAUAGAGCAAGCACAGUUAGAGGCUCAGUAUGACAUGGCUCGACGCUAUGAGGCGAGAGCAGAGCAAGCGCAUGAGUCGCUCCGAGCUGAAGUCGAGUUUUUCUAUCGACUUCGCCCGGAUUUGUCCCUCCCAGGAGGUGUGGGACAAUCAAUUGAGUCGCUUGAAACCAACCUGGAGCACAUUGGUCGGCUUUACCCAGAAUUCUUCCCACACCACGGUGAAGACCUGAAUCAGGCUGAGGAUGAAGAUUCGAGUGAGGCUGAGCUGGUAAGAAAUUAUGAACUAGCUGAGUCGCUUUGA